CCUCAGUUCUAUUUUAUAUUUGCAAUAGAUAAAAUGUCGUAAAAAGUACCUCAAGGAUAAAAAUUAAAAAAAAAAAAAUUUCUCGUUCAAAAUUUUAGUUACAUUCGAUUUCUUUUAAAAGAUUUUAAUAAAACAAAUCGUUUGGACUUUAAACCGGCGUAAACCAGAACAGUUUCGAAAAUUUUCCAAAGAUGCACAACAAGAAUACGGGUCAUCGCGGUUCAAAAGCCGGUCAUUCGCAGGAGAAUUCAUUUCAUUCACAGAAUGCUACCACAGAGCCAAAACCCUUAAAUGACAUGACUCAAUACGAUCUGAUACGCAUGCAGAACUGUAAAACAAGCAAUUUCUAUGCGGGAGAGACCUAUCCAUCAAUCCGACCUCCAGUAUCUCGGUGUGAUCCCAAUAAGACAGCUGAAUGGAUGUCCGAUGCCCUGGAAACGAAUGGUUGUGCACGACUGUUUGAUAUGAAACAAGAUGAUCUGAUGACAGUUUGGAAUAAAAGUCCCAAUAAGGAGUCCCUCAGCUGCUAUGGCGCUGGUACACAGAUUCAUGCACCGGAGGCGGUGCAUUUCAAUCAGGUUCUGGCCAAGAGUCUACAGGUGGCCAGCGAAAAAGUAAAGCCAGUGCCGAAAGAAGUGAAAUUACCGAACCAACAGAAUGUGGUGAUUGAACCGAAUGGAGCGUAUGUACUUAAUCGCCAGUGUCUGCAGAGCCAGCUCGAUAAGAUGCCAACAGUGAAACGUAAAUUGAAUCCCCUCGAUGCGAUCAACUGGCUGAAUUGUCCUCCGCAGGAUACAGAGUGUCCAUUCUGUGAUACAGCCGUAGAUCAACCGGUCAGUCUUCGUCGCGCCCUAGAUAUGGAGCGGCCAUCGAAGAAACGUGGCAAACAGCACACCAUUCGAAAGAAGCAUCACUACUGUCAAGAUACCUGUGCAAUUGCGUCCAAUAAAUGCACUGAGUAUGAAUGGCAGAUGUACAAACAGAAUCCACGAGCCUUCGAAGAGCAAUUUAAAUUAAUGCAGCAGGAAAAGGAAGCACUUGAGAGAGAGCCGGAGCCCAGAAACUAUGAAGAGCUGUACUCCCGUUUGGUGACUUGCUUUGAGCGCGAUCCCAAUCAGAGCAAGGAUUGGUGUGCUACAUACGAAGCUUGUUGCAAGAAAGAAGAUGAUCCAAAACCACAAGGAUGCGGCGAGUAUGAACCCGAAGGCGCCGGUGAUAAACGAGAUGAAAUAAUAACGAAUGUGAAAGCUGAAUGACGAACAGGAAUAAAAAAAACACAAAAAAAGAAAAUAAAGCAAUGCAUCACGUAUACGCACCUUUGGCUUCUUGGCAUAUUGUCCAGUACGUACAUCCCGUAUAGUGGCUAUAUCCAAUAUAUCCAGCUCAUUAUUCUGAUCCACCCAGCAGAGAAAGAAUCCUUUGGCAUCCACACGCAUUGUAACUGGUGUUCCACUGCCCGAGUCCUGGAAAAAUAAAAUAUAUACAUAAAAACAUCAAACAUAAUCUCAACAUGACAAAUUGAAAUGGAAUGUUGUGUGUAUAAAUUAUAAUAAAGAUGUGGCAGUUGGUCUUCUUCCCGGUUCGGGUUCAAUUUA